CGUCAUCGCAGCGGCCUGCCGCCGUCCUCCUGGUCGGCGUACGAGUCGACGACCUCCAGAUACGGGAACGCACCGCCGCCACCCUCGCCUGCCAACAACGACGCCUACCAGGACGAGCAAGAUUACAUUCGUCGUGUUGUUCCACUAGGCGGUGGUGGAGGCGGCGGCGGUGGUGGUGGCGGCGGUGGCGGCGGCGGCGGCGGUAGCAGUGGCAGCGGUGCGCUGCGACAGCACAAAAAACAGCGAAGAAAAUCGCGGAGCGGAAGCAGCUCGCCAAGUGGCAGCAGCCGUUCCGGUAGCAGCAGCAGCAGCCGCAGCGGCAGCUCCGCCGGCAGCACUUCCGGCGGCAGUACGUCGCCGGGCAGCUCACCGCACCGCGCCGGAAAUGCCGCCGUCACCGAGGACCGCAGGCCGCUCGCGAUCUGCGUGCGUAAUCUGCCGGCACGCAGCAGCGACACAUCCCUCAAGGACGGCCUCUUCCACGAAUACAAGAAGCACGGUAAAGUGACCUGGGUGAAGGUCGUCGGGGCGGCCGGUGACCGGUACGCCCUGGUGUGCUUCAAGAAGCCCGAGGACGUGGAGAAGGCGCUCGAGGUCUCCCAGGACAAGCUGUUCUUCGGCUGCAAGAUCGAGGUCGCCCCCUAUCAGGGAUACGAUGUCGAGGACAACGAGUUCCGGCCGUACGAGGCCGAGCUCGACGAGUACCACCCGAAGGCGACCCGCACGCUCUUCAUCGGGAACCUCGAAAAGGACGUCACCGCGUCCGAGCUUAGGAAGCAUUUCGAGCCCUUUGGCGAGAUAAUAGAAAUAGAUGUUAAGAAACAGGGCGCGGUGACGAGCUAUGCCUUCUGCCAAUACUCCGACAUUGGCAGCGUCGUCAAAGCUAUGCGAUCGAUGGACGGCGAACACCUGGGCGCUAAUCGAAUUAAACUCGGAUUCGGGAAAUCCAUGCCCACGUCCUGUGUUUGGGUUGAUGGCAUUGGAGAUUGUAUGCCGGAAAAGUACCUGAACAUACAGUUCCAUAAGUUCGGACUGAUAUCUCAGGUCGUAGUGGACCGAGAGCGAGGACACGCUUUGGUCUUCUUCGAGCAGAUCAGCUGCGCUCAAGCUGCUGUGAAGGAGAUGAGGGGCGCAGCCCUUCGCGGACGACGGCUCCAAGUCGACUUCGCUUCCAGAGAGUGUCAAGAGACGUUCUACGAGCACCUUGAGCGCCAGGGUAUCGCUGGUGAAAGACCUUGGGACACGAGGCCUUCUCCAGCAACCACCUUUGAUGUCUCGAUUCCUUCCAGGCGGGAGCGCAGCAGUUUCGACACGGGGGUGACGGUGUCGAACUCGAGUAGCAGGUUCACCCGCUACGAGACGCCCCCGAGGUCGAGAACGGCGAGUUACUCCCGCGCGUCCGGAGGCGGUAGCACGCCGGGCGCCAGUCCGGCUCAUCCGACCGCGAUGACGCGGAGCAACCGUCGGUCGUACCAGGACACCUACUACGACGGGGACUACAGCGAGCCGGCGCCGCGAAGGUUUCGCAGCUACGACGAAUUCAGUCAGGGCAGCGGGGCUAGCCACGACGACUACCAGAGCAGCGUGCUGGGUGACGGCAAGCUGAACGACGACGACUGUCCGCCGCCGUCGUCGCGUCGCCACGCGGUGCAGAGCGUCGUCACCAGCGUGGACCCUCCUGCCCCGCCGCCACCGUUGUUACCGCCCUCAGACAUACGACACCUGCAGAAGGAGCGAGUCCACCUGCUGGAGCAGCUCGAGGAGUGUCACAGCAGUGGCGACGAGGUCGGCUUCGCGCCCAAGAAACGCGCGAAGUUGGAUGGCGCUUCCACGACGAUACUGUGCGAGGAUGACGAGCCGGAAAUCGCGUCGUUGCUGGUCACCUCGCACUCGAGCAGGAAGGGCAUGGACAUACGACGAGUCAGCGACAGCAAGGUCGUAGUACACCAUGCCACGAGGAGGGGUAGCUGCGAGGGCAGAGGCCCUGGGCCAUGCAAGCGUCGGCGUGAUGUUACUAGCAGGCACCAUGAACAUCACGACGGAUCGCGGCCGGGCACCCCGUUGGUGGACGAGAGGCCGGAGAACCUGGUGCCUAGCGAACCACGGCGUUUCCGCGAAAGAAGCCACGAGGGUCCUCUAUCGUUACCCCUACCGAGGUUCGCCACCCAGAUGUUGAACAACAACAACAACAACAAUAACAACAAUAACAACAACAGCAGUAGCAACAACAACAGCAGCAGCAGUAAUCGGUCGAGCAACGCGAGCCUCGCGAAAGUCGCCAGUCCGCCAUGUGCCAAUCUGUCCACAGCGCCGAGUCCUCGAGCCGCGCCCCAACCCCCAGCCUCACCGCCGCCGAGGCACCCUAGUCCGAGCCCGACGAGCUCGGACAGCGAAACGGCUCCUCAGUCGCCGAGCCUCGAGGAGAGGAUACGAUCGCUCGACGAGAAAUACGAGAAGUGGUCCGGCUCGCGGGCGUUGAGCGCGGCCGGCGGCGACGCGCUGGCGAAGCUGGACGCCACGGCGUCCGAGCGUUUCAGGUUUCGCCACAAGCUGCUGGACCUGGACCUACACGAAGUGCAGCCGUCGGACAUCGUGAAGUCGGUGCUCGCCAAGCGGAGUGUGUUCGACGAGGACUCGAAACGUUUGGAGAACUUCAGCGAGAAGUACGAGCCGCGGGAGUUCACCGGCGUGCUGAACGUCAGCUCGAUGAUCGGCGGCGCGACCGGUCUCACGUCGGCCGGUGGCGCUGCGCCAGCCACCGGUGGUUGCACCAGCAAAGUCUGCCUGCAGUAUCCAUUCCCUAGUCAUCCGCCUGUACAGUCGAGCAACAGCGGCGGCGGUACCGUUCAGACCGGCCUGACCACCGCCGCGUCCUUGUCCACGAGUCUGAGCUUCGCGACCAGCCUGUCGUCGUUGAAGACGGACCUGCGCGGCACGUCCGCGCAGCACAACUGCGUGCACCCGACACCGGCCACGCCGAUCACCCCCGGCACCUCAAUCAAAACGGUCAGCCCCGAGCUACCGCCGGUCUCGUUGCCGAUCGGCCUCGGCACCGGCACCGCAGCCAGUAGCGGCAACAGUAGCGGUUUAGCGUCAGCCAGUAGUAUUCUUAGCAGCAACGGUAGUGUAGGUAGUAUACACGUACUCGGGGCGUCGAUGAGCCGAGGAUUAACCGCGACCACUUCGUCAUUGCCGUCGUCGUCGUCGUCGUCGUCGACGUCGUCGUCUUCGUCUUCUGCGGCCACGACAACUUCGACGGUCUCAUACUCGACCACGGUACCGGUCACGACGACCGCAGCGACGUCGACGGCAACCACAACCACGACGUCCGCCACGGCGACGCCGGCCACCGCCUCCUCGACGACCACCAUCGCCACUGCGACCACCACCAUCACCACCGCGGUGACAUCGUCCAGCAGCCAGUACCAAACCUCCAUGUCCACCGCGUCCACGGUGCUGAUGCCGUCUUCCACGACGUCCUCGUCGAAUUCCUCCUGCCCAUCCAGCGAUGGCUCGCGAUCCAGGAUGAGGAAGGAGUUGGCUAACCGGGAGAGCAGGGACUCGCGCGACAGCAAGGACGGCAGAGACUCGAAGUACAGCAAGGGGAAGGAUUGCCAGAGGAAGUCGCGGAAAGAGGACGCGGAACUCGAGAGGAGCGGCAGCCGGAAGGACCGGGAGGAGAAAGAUACGGUGGUGAACGACAUUGGGGAUAACGACGGUCACAGAGAGUUCAAGGAAAACAAGGAGGUGCGUUACGAGAGGAAGGAGAGGGAAGAGAAGGAGAGACGAGAGAAGGAUGAUCGCGAGAGGCAGCAGGAGAGGAGGGAAAAAGAGGACCGGGAUAGACAGGAGAGGAAGGAACGCGAGGAGAGGCGAGAGAAGGAUGAAUCAGAGAAAGAAUCCAGGGAACGAAGUCCCAGAGUGUCCCACGAGUCGGACAAGGAGUUCCUCUCGAGACUGGAACUGUCCAAGCGCAACGACUCGAACUCCCCCAGCGAGCAGACCUCGGUCAGCUCGAACCACUCGCGGGAGAUACAGCAGCACCACCAACAGCAGGCUUCUCUCAAUCUUCACAGCGACGUGGACGACGGUCCCUUGUCCACGCACGACAUGCAGGUAGCCAGGCAUCCGUCCGCGACCGACACGGACAGCGACGAGCCGAAGAAGCACUCGAUCUUCGACAUCGUCGACGACGAGCCCGCCUACAUCAGCAUGUACGACAAGGUGAAGGCGCGCUCGACGAAGAACAUGCAGAAGCUCGAGGAGGAGAAACGUCAGGUUCGCCUGAAGGACAAGUUCUCGCAGCUGAAGCAGAGUCGAGCGAGGCGGGAGGAGAAGAAGCAGAGCACCUCGUGGGACGGGGACUCGGUGUCCAGCAAAGCGUUGACGGAGGACGAGGCCACCUCGGAAUCGGAUUCCGCCAGGGCGAAGUCCCUAUCGAGGAAGGGGUCCCGGUCGCGAAUACACUCCGACACCAGCGAGGAGGAGGAAAUCUUCAACAACAAGAUCCGAAAAGUGGCGAAGGCCGAGAGAUUCUUGGAGAGCGACGUCGACCUCGGGUUCGCGGACACCGAGGAGAAGCACAACCCUCUGGACACCUCGACCGUGGUCAGUAACGUGCACGCGAACGUGAAGGAGGAGCCCCGCACGUCGGACGACGACGAACGAAUCUCCGUCGGGUUCCGCGGCAACCAUCCCGCCAUUGUGGUCAACAACCACGAGAGGGACUCGCGCAAGAAGUCGCACAAGAAGAAGCAGAAACGCCAGAAGAACUCGAUGUCCACCGAGGACAGUAUAAAGACCGAGUCCUCGGAGAGCAUCGAGCACAAGAUCAAGUCGAACAUCACCAGCGCCGCGGAGUGCCGGACGAAUCAUACGUCCGAGUCCGUGACCGUUGCCAGCGCUGCGACCUCGGCCACGCCAGCGUUGGAGAACGCCGACGAGAGGAUACGGUCGGACAAGAAACAACGGAACAAGAAGGACAAGAGGAGAGACAGAAACGGGGACGACAAGGCGAAGGCCAGGAGAAAGAGGCUGAACAGGCAAGAGGUCAGAGACUCGCAGCGGAUGGAGGACAUCUUCGGCCCAUUGUCGGACGACGUUGACGACGGGCCGUCGAACACGUUCUUCAACAGACUAGCCAACAUCCCGUCGGAGAACAACACCUACGCGUCCGACAGCGACGGCGGUCACAGUCCGGUACUGGACGUGGAGCGGGUCCGCAGGAAGACUGAGAAGAAACGUCGACACCAGCCGGAGGACGAGAACAGCGUGGACCUAGCGGAGGCGGGCCGCGAGAUCGAGGCGAAGCUGCUGGGGCUGCCGAACUCGCCGAAGUCGGACAUCGCGUGCACGGAGAGCAACGACCACGACGUGUUCCGGUUCACCGACGACAACGACAGCGUGGAGCCGUCCACUCCGUCGACGGUGCCGGAGAAGGUGAAGGAGAAGAAAAAGAAAAGGAAGAAGUCGAAGGAGGAGCGCAGCCGGAAGGACUACCAUCAUCAUCACCAUCACCACCAUCAUCACCACGAGAAGAGCGGCGAGCUACCGUACCUCGGCGCUGAUCCUAGUCCGCCUCGAGCCAGCAGUCCGAUAAUCAACAAAACCAUGUCGCCCACUUUGCCAACACCCAGAGAGACCACCAUACUGAGUCCCAUCCCGAAGGUAGCGGCGAACGUGCCCGCGCCGUCGAUGACGCCUCCAGUCAGCGGCGGCAUCCAGGCUUCGAAGCAGGAGAAGAAGAAGGACAAGUUCAUCCCCGGCUUCGGCAUAGAGAUCGACGAGACCAUUCACGAGAACGCUGUGAAGAGCAUCUCGGAGCCAGAGGAACGCGAGAACAGCUGCCAGUCUAGAAGUGGCAGGGAGGAGCCGGACGUGACCGUGCCGACGACGCCGCCCACGCAGACGGAGGACAAGCCUAGAGUCGCCAUCUCGCAGGAGGAGACCGAGGACGCGGUCGCCGCGUUGCUGGAGGAGACCUUCGGCGGUUCCACCGAGGACUUCUCCUACGAAGGCGAGGAAGAAGACGCGGAGGCGGAGGAUGCGGUCGGGCAGCAGCCGGAAGCGCCUCAGGAGGACGUGGAGGAGAUGCAGCAAGCGGUGGAAAGCUUGAACGCCUCCGCUGGCGAAGGCGAGACGGACCUGAAGCCGGACACUCCGCAGAGCGAGCACGACCUGCAGAUAGACACGGACACGGAGGAGGAUCCCAACUACGAAACCUUCGACCUGACGCAACCACCAAAGACACCAGACAUUCCAUCGUUCUACAAAUCGCCCACGAAGACUGUCAACACCAUCACGCCGACCCCGGCAGCCGCGGAGAAGACCAUCGCGUCCAUACCCGCGAAACCGCAGAGUCCGCCAGCGUCCGUGAUCGCCCACUCCUGGACCUUGAACGAGAAGCCGCGGGAGGUCGUGAAGACGGUACCCAUCGAGCCUGUCGACGCGAAUGCUAGCGUGGCCAGUUCCGAAAGCAUCGGCGCGCAAGCUCGUCAGGUUUCGUCGCCGCCUCCACAGUACAAACCGCCUGGUCUUGGUCCUUGCAGCGUGCCCAUCACCGCGGAGACACCUAGAGUCGCUGCCGCUAGUCCUAGACCACCACCAAUUACCGUGCAGCCUUUAUACCAGAAGCUUCCUGUAUCCCCGCAGUCGCAGAUGGUACCUAUGCGUCAAGCUUCGCCCAGGAUGCAGAACAUCUCCACCGUUUGCACGACCACCGCCUCCAGCCUGACUCCUCUGCCGCCGUUAGUCCCGUCGAGGAUACCACCGUUAGUCCCGUCACAGCUGUCGCCGAGAAUCUCACAACCGUCGUCCCCUAACGGACAAUGGUCCCGGAACCCGUCUUUGAGCCCACACAUGCCGAACGUUGGCAAACCGUCACCACCGCCGACCAGAAUCGCCGUCAGCGUGUCCGUGUCGUCGCUCCGGCCGGAAACGCCCGCUCAGCAGAUCUACUCCACCGCGGCCACUCAACAGCCGGUCAUCCAACACGCUCCCGGCAUGAGGGCGUUGGCGCCCAGCUAUCCUAGAGUCGGCUUACCGCCGUUGACACUGAAUAUUCCGCACCGUCCGUACAUGCCUGUGAAGAACUCCAGGGACUUGGCGAUAGUAGGGAAAUCGGUGAUCGAGACUUUGCUCCCGGUGAACCCUAGCGAGCCGUCGCAGCGAUUGGACGAGCCAAAAUUGUCGCCUGCGGUGAUACCAGAGCCGACGAACAAAGCGUCCACGUCGCCGAAAGUUCCUUCGCCCAAUCAGCCGCCGACUUACAUCCCCGAGACAGCUAAGAUCGAGAUUAACGCGAGCACGUCUAGUCCUGUGUUCGGUAAACCCACGACGAUGCCAGACACUCUGACGUCCAGAUCUCAAAAACAAAUGCCCAUUACCACGGAUAACAACCUUCUGUCGCCGAGGCAGAAGCAGGAGAUGUCGAAUCUUCAGCUUCUGACCACCCACGUUCCCAGAUCCUCGACACCCAGUCCGGUGAUAGUAGCACACGGCCAGUCGCACCUGGUUCAUAAAUCUGUCGUUCACAGUAUCGGAGCGUCGACCGUUUCGUCGGCUAACCAGUCGCUGAUCAAGACUGUCGUGCCGAUCGUUCCACAGCAGAUCGCGCCCACGAUGGCGGUUGCGAUGCCCGAGGAAAAAUGCGUGAUCACGCAGACUUCGUUGCCCCUUGGCAGUCAAAGGCACUCUCCGGUGUCACAGAGCAGUCAGUUACCGAAACCGCACAUUCCUCUCGUGUCCACCGUCUCGCAGGCUAUUAUUACCAGAUCUGUGCCGUCCACCGUGUCCUCCAUAUCCGCGACACCAGUGAACGAGCCGAGCACCCUAGAGUGUCUAGAGUCGCGUUUGCCGACCGAGCCAGAAAUAGACUUGGACUCCAACGCUCGGAUAGCUCAGACAGCCCAGCCGAUGCAGCUCACUCCGCCCAUUCAGCCGACGCAGCCGAUAGACGUGAUAAAGGACGAGCCGGUGGAGGUGAAGCACGAAGAGCUUCCGAUGAAGGAAGAAUUCCCGAGCAACGAGCCGCCAGCGGAAUUCUCCGUGACGCAACCGAUCAACGUCGACACGAAGCCGAAGCUGGAGCAGCAGGAGCUGAUCAAAUCCGAGAAAAUCAUUCCAAAGACAGAAGCUACCGACGCGCUGACACCGAAGAUAGAGAUCGAAACACCGAUCAAGAUGGAGACGGUGAACGAGAUCAAAGAAGAAGAUAUGUCCAAGGAGGAGGAGACGAACGCCGAGGAGGAACCAGCGGAAGACCUACUGAAGGAGCCUAGCACCGAUCCACUUGCCAUCGAUGUCUCGAAGGAAGAUCCAGCGGACAGCAAAGAGGACAGCGAUUACUGGUCAGCGAAGGAGGUGAACAUCGAGAGUGUGAUAAAGAAGGUCGACGCUCUGUGCGAUGGCGAAGGCAACGAUGGGGACGAGGAGACGCAGCACGGCACGAACAUCAGCAACGAGAACCAGGAGCCGCCGAAGGCCGAGACCGACUGGUUCAACGCGGACAUCAAUGAAACCGAGGCGAAGAAGAACUUCGCGGCGAACGACGAGCAGGACGAGGGCGUGGAGACCUGCGAGAGCGAGUCGACGAAGAGUCGCCGCGGCAGGACGAAGACACGACGGGGUGCCAGUCGCGGCGGCGUCACCACCAGGCGUAGCGUCAGGAACACGUCCACCGUGGCGCACAAGCGCGGCGGCAGGACGCCGAGGAGCAGCAAACACCACGUGGAGAAGAACAAACUGCCGGCGGACGUCUACGAGUUCCACGACGACAGCGAGGAGGACAACGCAGGUCGUCCACGACUGAUCCUAACGAUCAAGUCUCCGGUGCCGAGCCUGACAGGGCCAAACGCGCAGCCAGCGACACCUAUAGCAGCGGUGAAAGAGGUCCCGCCGGAGGAGUUCGUCUCGCCAGCCGCGAACACCAGGAAGUCGAAGAGGCUGGCUGAGAGGGACGGCAGCAGGAACACCAUCGACGACGUGAUCGAGGACGUGGUGCGAGGAUCGGCGGCCAACAAGGGCUUGGUCGGCAACACGGGCAACGUGCACGCCACCAGGCGAAGCACCAGGCACAACAACGCGCCGCGGCCGGUGCAGACGCCGCUGCAGCUGGCGGAGCCGCGUAAGUCGCCACGCAGCGUGCGGAAAUCGGCGCGUAGAACAUCGGAGAACGACGACAGCAGCGAGGAGAAGAUCAAGGAGGCGUCGGCUCCGCCGCAGGAGCUGCAGAGUAAGGAGGAAACCGCUCCAUCGCGCGCGGAGACGCCGAAGACGGAGGAGACUAGUCAGUCCGCUCCAUCGCCGGUGCAGAAACCAGUCUCCCAUGAGCCGAUGACGCUGAUCGACCCAGUCACAGGGAUGCUGAUACCGAUGAGGGAGUCGGAGGAGGGUCAGUACAUACCGGUGUCCACUGCUGCGGGUCAAAUAGCCGUGAACAGGAACACCUGCGAUUCGAGGAGCACACCUGGAAUUAUCAACGCUAGUCCGACUAGCGAGGCUAGACCGAAACCGUUGUCGCAACCGGAGAAUCUUUCUGUUGAAGAACCGAAGAAGGAGCAGAUACCAGAGCCAGUGCAGAGCCAGCCGAUUCAACCUCAGACCAGCGUGAUCACCAAGCCCCAGUCUCCCAUUGUCCAAGUGACGUCGACAGCCAGCAUGGUACCAGCGGCGGUAACGUCAACGACCGUCGCGGCGAUCACCACUACAACGGUGGCUACGCCACAGGCGACGCUAGUUUGCACGUCGCAGUCCAAACCUACGAGUCUCAAGGCUCAUGUUUUGAACGCCAGCAAACUAGCGACUCCCGUAGUUGUGUCGCCUAAUUUAAGUCCACGCGCGAAGCAACCACCGCAGAUCAGCGCGGCGAAUGGCAAGGGCCAAGGUCAGCCUAUGUCACCUGUGCUGAAUAACACCGGCGUUCCACCGAAUCCUAAGCAACACCUCCUGCAAGCGGCUAAGCAGCAACAACAGCAACAACAACAACAACAACAGCAACAACAACCGCAACAACCGUCGACGAUAGUGAAUCUCCCUCAGAAAUUACCAAUGAACGUUCAUCCACCCAGUGUGCCGACACCGACGCCGAGGAUUCAUCAACCGGUGUCGCAGCCCACGACGUUGAAAGGAAUCAAUGGCCAACCGCAUCCUCUAAAUCCGAAGGCCCAUCUGCUGCAAGCUGUAGUCCCACCGAUUGUCACUGGGGCCGUGGCUAGUCCACCCACUCAACCUCAUCUGAUGAAUCCUCAACCUGUUGGCGUGAGCUGUUCUAGGCCACCUGCGCCGAAACCAGCGGUAACGGGUACAAUGGAACCACCAAAAGUAGAAGUUUCCAUGUCUGGCUGUAUUAUGGUACCGACCGCCAGCCCUCAGGCACGCGGAGUACCAAUAACAACGUACGACGGACCAUUGCAUGCGAAUGCGGGUGCUGCUCCAUCACCAGGGGGACAGUAUGGACUUGUUCCCCCACAUCGAUCCCAGAGUCCUCCAUUGCCCCCACCUGCCCAUCAUCAUGCUAAUGCUUCUCAGGGUGACGUCGUAAACCACUUUGGAAGCCUGACACGAGGAGGAGAACUGCCGCCGCACUACAUGCACCAGCAAGUGCUCCAGUAUCAGUUUUUGCGUGCUCAACAGGAAGCCUUGACAGCUCCGCGCAUAGCGUAUCACAUUCCAAGAACUAGAUCUCCUCAUUUACCCUUAGACCCGAAACUGGAGACUGGCAUAGAAGAUAGUCAUAGUCCGCCUUUAGAGCUGAGACGGAGCACGAAGACACCUCAAGACCGUACCACAGAUAGUCCACAAGUAGCUCAAGUUUAUAUGCUGCACGGAGCACCCAGAUUACCGCCACCGCCUCCGCAAUACAACGCGGGAGGCAAUCCGUCUUUAACCGCGCCAGCCGCCGCCAGGGUUGGAUUCUACGAACCGCCACCCGCGCAUUUGCGUUCCCAGUACCCGAUUGCCGCCAGCGAGGCGCCAAGCGACAGAGCCAUUACGCCGGACAGGCCUAGGAAACAUCAAGUGGUCACGCCGCCCCAUGCUUCGCAAGUGCCGCCGCAGGCGGACUCUUUUCAGAUGUUACUUCAACGUUAUCCGGUCAUGUGGCAAGGCCUCCUGGCACUUAAGAACGACCAAGCCGCAGUACAAAUGCAUUUCGUUUUCGGUAACCCCAACGUAGCGAGGGAUAGUCUACCUUGUAACAGCGAUGGUUCUACGCCACCGUUGAGAAUUGCUCAAAGAAUGCGACUGGAACAGACGCAGGUCGAGGGUGUGGCGAGGAAGAUGCAAAUGGAUAACGAACAUUGCAUGCUCCUCGCGCUACCAUGUGGUCGAGAUGAGGUGGAUGUGUUGCAACAGAGUAAGAACCUUCAGACUGGAUUUAUAAUGUAUUUACAACAGAAGCAGGCCGCUGGAAUUGUUAACAUUGCUGCACCAGGAUCGCAACAGCCUGCAUACGUAGUCCACAUUUUCCCGGCGUGCGAUUUCGCGAACGAAAGCUUAGCGCGGAUCGCACCAGACUUGCUUCAUCGGGUCGCGAAGAUCGCCCAUUUGCUCAUCGUCAUCGCCACGGUUUGAGGCCAGCCAGUGGUCUACUGGAUUACAAUCUACAUACAUCUCUCGCCUUCACGCACUGUAGGACGCUUCGCAUGUGGCAUGAAGCCUGGAGUGUCCUUCUGACGGAGCGCAGAGUCGUACAACAUUAAAUGAAAACGGACAAAAAAAUGAGACGAAGAUGCAGAACAAAGAAGUGAGGAGAGGGGUUCCGUCGAAGGAAAAGGUUUCUCCUCCGAAGAUAUCUAUA